UCCCCUCAGGGAGAAAGAAGCCUUCAGUUGGCACUGCCGCAGCCGCGUUGGGGAACGGGAGCCGCACACGGGGAACGGGGCACAGGGAUCGGGUAGUGGGGAAUGGGGAACUGAGAUCGGGGCCCGGGGACGGCCUCAGCGCCCUCCCGAGCCGGGGCCGCCCCGCCCCGUCCCGCCCGGAGCCUCGGCCGCUUCCCGCGGGCCGCCCCCUGCCUGCGCACCCCGGGGCGCGGCCGCUCUCCCGCCGCUGUGUCGGGGCGUGCUCGGCCUCUGCCUCCUCCUCGUCCUCCUGCUGCCGGCGGCCGGUGAGCGCGGGAAGGUCUCCUGAUGCUGAAGACCCUCUGGAAACUGUAAAGAAGAUCGCCGAGAAAAUGAGGAAACUUGCAUCCACCAACUGGAUCUCUGACUCGGACAUUUUUCAGGAUCCUGAUUUAGACUUUUCUGGCCCCAGUUUUGGAACCCUCAUUGCCAUUGGAGUUACUGUUUUUGCAGUGAUUGUCGUUACUAUUAUUCUGUGCCUCACCUGUUCCUGUUGCUGUCUGUACAAAGCAUGUCGAAGACCACGCCCUGUGGUGACCACUGCCACCACGACGGUGGUUCACUCUGCCUAUCCCCAGCAGCCAGCAAUGCCACCCAGCUACCCAGCAGCUCCAUACCAAGGCUACCAGCCCGUGGCUGUGCAGCCCCAGCCGGGGAUGCCAGUGGCUCCCUACCCUGCCCAGUACCCUCCCCCGUACCCCACGCAGCCAGCAGGACCCCCAGCUUACCAUGAGACCGUGGCAGCUGGUGCUGGAGCCCCUUACCCCACCCAGCCCCCUUACAACCCUGCUUACAUGGAUCCUCAGAAGCCCACCUAUUGAAAAGCUUCUACUGUGCUUCUGCAUACAAAACUUUUAAAAAUAUAAUUUGUUCUGUUUACACCAUUCACCUGUACUAUAUUUUUCUGGAAGACAACAAUCUUUUGUUAAAGUAGAGUGAAAAUCAGUUCAUUAUCUUCUUCUUUUUAAUGCUCCAAGGAAGGAGUAUUUUUCUUGCAGAAGUUAAUUUAUACCUCAAGCAAAUACAAAAAGAGAUUUUGCUCUAGAUACAAUGAGAGUAAUGAGAAGAAAGAGUAUUUCAGAAAUACAGAACCACAAUACCAUUUGCUGUGCAAUAAUUUUGAGAGGAAUGGUCUAAUAUGAGCAUCGUCAGAUACCCAAAGCUGUAGCAAUCUUUUGCACAGUAUUCAAAUGUAAAAUCUUAACCUCUAAGAAACUACCUGAUACAUGUUAUGUAAGUUCUGCCUGUUUUGAAGCUACUAUUGUUAGGUAAGCUACCAUUUAAUACAUUUCAUUUAUCAUUCAAAAGGGAAUUUUCCUUUUUUUGCAACACCUUUACCUUUGAUAAGAGGUAGUAAACCAUGUUUAAUUGCCUUUGAACUAGUUCUAAAUAGCAUGAGUUGGUUAUUUCCUUGUUUUCUGUCCCAAUUUUAAGGUUUAUAAACUGUGCCUCCAUUGGGUGUUAUAGCUAAAAAUCAACAGACUCUCUGCCACUUAAAGGACCAAA